CAAAGGGUAUUCACGGCUGAGCAACAUUGGUAAUGAAGACAGUCUUUCUUUGCGGCAUUCUGCUUAUUGCGGGGCUCUUUGUUGAGAAUAUUUUUGGAGAAGGAUCUGGUCAAUGUUUGGCCGGUAAACUCGUGGAAUCGUGCACGACUACAGUGCGAUACUUGCAGGAAGAAAUAAAGAAAAUGCAGCAUUCAUUCAACGAGAAAAUUCAAGAUCUGCUAGAGAACGGACGGCAGCGGGACAGAGAAAUUGAGACAUUAAGAGAAGCUUUAUAUACUACAAAAUCCAGUCUGAAUUCAACAUUGAAUCAGCACACAGAAGAAAUAAAGGAGCUACAAUCAGACGUGACAACUCUAAGGGAUGACGUGAAUCAGCAACAGUCAGAUUUACAAGAUUUAACAGUCACUGUUAUUGAUGUGAAUACCACGACACUUGAACAAGAAACAGACAUACAGACAUUAAGAGAAGCUUUAUAUACUACAAAAUCCAGUCUGAAUGCGACAUUGAAUCAGCAUACAGAAGAAAUAAAGGAGCUACAAUCAGACGCGACAACUUUAAGGGAUGACGUGAAUCAGCAACAGUCAGAUUUACAAGAUUUGACAGUUACUGUUAUUAGUUUGAAUACCACGACACAUGAACAAGAAACAGACAUACAGAACAUACAGUCAGACGUGAACGAUUUACAGAGUGGCGAAACUCGACAAGACACGGAUUUAAAAGAAUUGACAAUGACUGUUGAUAAAGUAAAUUCGACUAUCCAGAGACAAGAGGCAGAACUAAUGAACUUGAAGGACGAUGUCAGUGACGUUAAUGCUACUGUACAAGAACUAGCUGAUGCACAGGAUGCACCUACUGCUUUCGGUCAAGCUUACGGACUCGGUGGCACAAAAAUCAAAAAUGGACAAGUCAGUGAAUGGCAAUUUAAUGCAAUGCCUGAGGUUUCUGCUCCAAUUAGAAGCGGCGGAAUGGAGUUCGAUGGCACAUCCUUUACAGUACCAGAACAAGGAUUCUAUUACGUUUAUGGUCAACUCGUAAUUUCUGACACUGAUACAGGAGAUUGCGGAUUUACUAUCGACGUAACUACUGUUAUGCCUCCGCUUGCUUUUCUGAGUGUUACCCAUCCUGCAUCCGCUGACAAGGAUGUUACCAUAUUUGGAAGUGAAGUUCGUCGACUAGAACCAGGGGACGAAGUGGUAAUGUCGACCUUAAAUUGCACAUACUCGUUCGACGCCGACAAAGCUCACUUUGGCAUUUUUCAGUUGAAAGGUUAACUUCGACCUGAUAUGUCAGAGACAUGUUUGGACAAGGAAUAGUGAGAGGGAUUUAGAAUUGCUUUGUGUCGAUAGCAUGAUAGUAAAUGUUAGUUAGACGUCUAGGGAAUUUCGCUGAUUGUUUUGUUUGUUGAGAUAGCUAUAUAGAAAAUGUGUUAAUCUGUAGUUUGCUGCUAGCAUAUAUGUGACUGCAUCAUUUUUCAGAGCUAAAUGAUAUAUAAUAGAACAAACUGAC